AUGUGCGCGAGCGACGUAGAGAUGACAAGAUUUUUUGCAAAGCUAUCUAGAGUGAGUGUCACUAAGCUAACGCAAGAGUUGACCCACGCUGAGUUGACGCGCAGAGAAUGCUCUGAAAUACACCCCACCAGCCGCGACGACAUCCUCAACAUCACCAACUGCCUCGGGGUUGGAGCGCUUCUCACUCAUCCUCUCAUCUACAAUGGACACGCAGAACACGAGGACCGAGCACGGUUCAAGUCCCACGCCGACCUCCUCUCCACGAAGAUCACCACCUUGACUCACAUCAUCUCUGGUCUCCAACGUGCAGAGACGCUGUACAGAGCAGCUGCCUCGCCUAUUCACUCCAUCCCCAACGAGUUGUUGACGAGGAUCCUAUGGUUCGCGACAUGGGAGAGUGGUGGGGGGACCAGCUUUGAGGUGAACGAGCGGUUGAGGUUGGUGUGCGAGUUGUGGAACCAGUGUGUGAUGAGGAGUCCGGAGAUGUGGUCGAGGAUCGAUGUGGUUAGUCUCCUGAAGGAAAGAGAGAGUGGUGGAGAGGAUAGGAGGGAUGAAAGCCUAGCGUUAGAACGUGCCAUCACACUUGCCUCGGACUACCCACUCGAGGUUGUGCUCAGCCUGACGGACGGGAACUUUGACAUCCGCUCUUGCCCCCCGGAGAGGGUUCUUCACAUUUCCCAGGUAUUACAAGGGUGCAGUGACCGAUGGACUUGCCUGACCGUCGAAGAAGACGCAAUAGACGAUUUAGUCCAAUCGGGUUGGCUCCCUACAAGGCUCCCUCGUCCGAUGCGGAGUCUCGUUCUCCAAGGCAAAGCACUCUUUCGAGAAGAUUGGAAGAGCGGAACCCCGUACAACAUCACACCAGACAACCUUCCGACCUUUCCUACGGAAUGGAAUAUGACCAAUCUGACACAUCUCAUACUCUCCGGGUCUGCACUCGCCUUGACCCCGCCCAAACCCGAGAAUGGGGUGGGACCCAGUUCGACUCCGAGGGAGGCUUAUGAGCCAUACACCGAUCCUGCACCACCGACUCACUUCCCGCCCUUCGUUUGGAAUAUCACACACCUCACCGUCCAAUGGCGCUGUGCAAUGCCAGUCCUGUUCGAUCUCAUCCACGCGGCGCCCCAAGCUUAUUUCUCUGGACUGGGAUAUCCGAACGGGAGAGACGUGUUCUUCCUCCGGUCUUCACCCUUCUUUUACCACUCCAACUUGAAGUCGGUGAAGAUUAUACAAGUGUCUAUGUCGGACGUGUUUUUCUUCUUCAAUGGCGUUGGGCUUUCGCAUCAGGCGUUGGAGAUCGAGAUCGAAGGAGUGCCGUUGCGAAGGUAUCAGAGGAAUGUGAACUCUGGGAGGACAGGGAACUGGGUGGAAGCUUCAUUUGGGGCUGAUAAUCUGGACCGAGUUGGGGCGACGUUGUGGAGGAAGGUGUUCUCUCCCCCGCGCUUCGAUGGCAACAUCAAGAUGUUGAGGAUCAAGGGUUUCCCGGCGGAUACAGCCCAAUGUUUCUCGAAUAUCGAGGUUAUUGAGGUAGUUGAUAUCCGUUAA